UACAUUUGACGAUGACAAGAACUGACAUAAGACGGAGAAACAUGAAGACAUCCUGGUUUCUGCUUUUCGUGAUGUCUUGUGUGUUUGGUGAUACAGGUGCAGUGGAGACAAAGUCAGUGAAGAAGGAAGAUUCAGUCACUCUAAACUCUAAUGUUACCAAAGGACCAAAUGAUACGAUGCUGUGGUAUUUUAACAACACUCGCAUCGCUCUUAUCAAUGGAGAGGCCAGGAAGAGUUGUGUGUAUGAUGGUGAAGGAGGGAUAUUCAGAGGCAGACUGGAGGUGGACUAUGACACUGGAUCUCUGAACAUCACAAACAUCACGACUGACCACGCUGGACUUUAUGAAGCAGAGCUCUUCAGAAGAGACAAUUCAGGCACCAGUGUACCUUUGAACAGAACCAGCAAGUGUAACAGCACAAGCAUCACCCUAAAAAACAACAACGAUCACACCAUAAAAACAAUCAAUAUAACUGUCAGUGGUUCAGGUCUGUCUCCAGCUGCUGUAGCAGGAAUUGUUGUUGGUGGUGUUGUUGUUGUUCUGCUGGUGGCUGCAGCUGUUGGUGUUGGUGUGAAGAUCUAUCGCUGCAGGAGCUCCAGAAAUGAAGUUUACUAGGGUCCACAGAGAUCUCACCAUGAUCAAGCCCGUCUGGGGUCACAAGAAGACGGAUGGACGGAAUCCAGAUCUCCGAGAUGCGAAGACAACCGUCUGGGGUUCAUUAAAGAGAAAAGAUGGAGGUCAUGUGCGAUAAGAGAAGCAGGAUCAGUGUCCGUUUACUCUACAUUGAUGUAACUCUGCAAAUACACACAUGUGCUGUUUAACUUGAUGAAAUGAUGUGCAGGUGUUAGAAAUAUUAAACCACCUGUUACUGGAAGGCAGCAUAGAUGAUGCUGAAUUCAGUAACACUGAGUCAAGGUUAUACUGAAGAAGGUUAUACUGCAGAGCUGUGUAAUAACUGGUGCGACUGUACAUUAUCCCUGAAAUGUACGUUUUGUUUGAACUCGUUCGUUCAUGUAGGGCGGGGGUCUGCAAACAGCAGACCUGGUUCCGGAAAACCUUCUUGGUUCCAACCGGAUCACGAAAUAUAAUGACAAUGGCUGAUUUGACCAUUUCUAGUUUAAAGUGUGCAGCGUGUCAAAACAGCAGUUUUUUCAGCUCACAGUCGUUUAUGUUUAUGAUUGUUUUGCGCUAUAUUCUCUAAUAUAUUUAUCUAGAGUCAAAAGCACUUCGUACAAGCCUAUCCGCUCCGUGUGUCUCUCCAGCUGAAGAAGUAAAGCACUACAAGUGCUUCAGAUGACGUGGCUAUUUUAACAACAGGAUUAGAAACACACGAGCUGCAAAAAAAUUAUAAAUAAAUAAUAAUAAUAAAAAUAAAUGAAUAAAUAUUAGGGAUACUUAAGGGUGA